AUGCUGCAUUUAAGUAAGGGGGACUUUGUUUGGGUGGAGACUGGCAGUGGAGUCCCGAUCGGCGCAGAAGUCACAGUUGAUGACACUGGGCAGCUUCAGCUCAUCGAUGAUGAAGGAAAGGCGCACAAGGUCAAAAAGAAGAACGCGGGGCAUAUCCGUGCAAUGCACCCCACCUCAGUGAAAGGUGUGGACGACAUGAUUAUGCUCGGGGAUCUCAACGAGGCCGGGCUGCUCAGGAACCUGCUGGUGCGCCACAAAGAGGGCAUCAUCUAUACGUACACAGGCUCCAUUCUGGUGGCAGUGAACCCAUACCAGCUGCUGCCCAUCUACACCACGGAGCAAGUGCACAUGUACACAGACAGGCGGCUGGGGGAGCUGCCCCCCCAUGUGUUUGCCAUCGCAGACACCUGCUUUUUCAACAUGAGGCGCAACAAGAAGAGCCAGUGCUGUGUCAUCAGCGGAGAGUCCGGAGCAGGGAAAACAGAGAGCACCAAGCUGAUGUUGCAGUUCCUGGCUGCGGUGAGCGGCCAGCACUCGUGGAUCGAGCAGCAGAUUCUGGAGGCCAACCCCAUCCUGGAAGCCUUUGGUAACGCCAAAACCAUUCGCAACGACAAUUCCAGCCGAUUUGGAAAGUACAUUGAUGUCAACUUUACCAAGGGUGGGGCCAUUGAGGGGGCCCGUGUGGAGCAGUACCUACUGGAGAAGUCCAGGGUUUGUCGCCAGGCGCCUGAGGAAAGAAACUACCACAUCUUUUACUACAUGGUGAUGGGGAUGUCUCCAGACCAGAAAAAGAUUCUUUCUCUUGGAACGGCUGCAGAGUACAAAUACCUGACCAUGGGUAACUGCACCAGCUGUGAAGGACGCGAUGAUGUGAAGGAGUACGCUCACUUCCGUUCAGCUCUGAAGAUCCUCAUGUUCACAGAGACGGACUCCUGGGAAAUCUUCAAACUGCUUGCCGCCCUUCUUCACCUAGGCAAUGUGGAGUUUGAAAGCACUAUAGUGAAAAACCUGGAGGGCUCCAAUGUCGCCAGUUCGUCCCAUUUUAACAUGGCCAGCAAGCUUUUGGAGGUGGAUCCUGCAGCACUGGAGAAAUGUCUGACUCAGCGCUCUGUCACGACCGCCAGAGAUACCGUGAACAAACCCCUGAACUCUGAACAAGCUCUAGAUGGCAGGGACGCCUUUGUCAAGGCAAUAUACGGCAGACUUUUCAUCUGGGUGGUGACAAAGAUCAAUACUGCUAUUUACAAGCCACCCGAGGAUGACCAAGAGGUCCGCCAGUCGAUAGGCCUCCUGGACAUCUUCGGCUUUGAGAACUUUCACAAUAACAGCUUUGAGCAGCUCUGCAUCAACUUCGCCAACGAGCAGCUGCAGCAGUUCUUCGUCAAGCAUGUUUUCAAGCUUGAACAGGAUGAGUAUAACCGUGAGAACAUCCUCUGGACGCACAUCGACUACCAGGACAACCAGAGCACGCUGGACAUUCUGGCCACCAAACCUUUGAAUGUGUUGGCUCUUAUCGACGAGGAGAGCAACUUCCCAAAGGGUACCGACACCUCCAUGCUGUUGAAGUUGAAUCAGAUUCACAGCAAAGGAACAGUCUACAUCCCCCCUAAAAAUGACCAUGAAACAAAAUUUGGAAUUCAACACUUUGCUGGAAGGGUUGACUACGAUUCAAAAGGUUUCCUUGAGAAGAACCGGGACACUCUUAGUCUGGACCUUAUCCAACUGGUGGACACUUCAAGUAACAAACUCCUCAGGCAGACCUUCAGUGCUGAGCUGGGAGCCAGCUCUGACACAGAAAAAAGCGUCAACCCCAGAAUGACCAUUAACAAGCCUAAAAACAUGCGGCCCUCGUCUGACGGCAAGAAGCGCGUGCCGACUCUGUCCGCCCAGUUCCGUCAGUCUCUGGAUUCCCUGAUGAAGACGCUGACUGCGUGCCAGCCUUACUUCAUCCGCUGCAUCAAACCCAACGACUAUAAGAAGCCCAUGCUGUUCGACAGAGACCUGUGCGUACGACAGCUGCGUUACUCCGGCAUGAUGGAGACAAUCAAGAUCAGGAAGGCCGGUUAUCCUGUCCGAUACACCUUCAGCGACUUCUUAAACCGCUACCGUGUCCUUCUGAGGACCUCAGUCUGUGACCCCAACACCGAAAGCAAAGAACAAUGCUGUGAAAGCAUUUGUAGAAGAGUUCUUACCGGAGAUGGCGACUGGAAGACGGGCAAGACGAAGAUAUUCCUAAAGGACUUCCAUGACACAACGCUUGAACUGGAGCGAAUGAAAGAGUUACAUGUUAAGGCUCUUGUGAUCCAAAGAGUCCUGAAGGGCUACAAAUACAGGAGAGAAUUCCUGAGGAAAAGAUCCGCUGCCAUUGUCAUUCAGAAAAACUGGCGAGGAUACAAAGGCAGGAAGCAGUUCAAAGCGGUGCAGCUGGGCUUUGCCAGGCUGCAGGCACUCUCUCGGUCUCGCCAGCUCCACCUCAGCUACCUGAAGAAACGGCAGGCGGCUCUGGUGCUGCAGACCCACAUAAGAGGUUACCUGGCCAGGAAGGAGUGGAAACGCAAGAGAAAUGCCGUGAUCCUGCUGCAGGCGCACACCAGGUCCAUGCUGGCAAAAAGAAAACUCCAAAAGAUGCAGAGAGAUAUGUACCUCUCUGCUAAAGAGAGGGAGGAGGAACAACGUGCCCUGCUGGCCAAACAGAGACAUUUGGAGGAAGUGCUGAGGCAGAAGAGAGAGAUGGAGGCCAGGCAGCAGUCUGAAAACAUCAGUGACCAGGAGAUGGUGGACAACAUCUUCGGCUUCCUGCCCAAUAUUAUCAUUGGAGGGCAGGAGGGCCAGGCUCCUGUUGGAUUAGAGAACAUUGAAGGAAAAAGGACUGUAAUUGAGGAGAUAGACAUCGAUGAGCUUCCCUUGGAGCCAGAACCUCCCGAGGAAGACUAUGAUGACUUGGAUCAGUACUCCUUCACCAAGUUCGCCUCCAUUCACUUCCAGGGAGCAGCCACGCACAGCCACAUCCGGCAGAGGCUUCAGCAGCCUCUGCUCUACCACGAGGAUGAAGGAGAUGUUCUGGCCUCGCUGACGGUGUGGUGGAUCAUCCUGAGAUUUCUGGGAGACCUCCCGGAACCCAAGAGACAGAAUAGAGGAUAUGCCCAUCAGCGGAUGGUGCCUCAGGAUAUGCUCUCUGGGCAGGACAGACGUCUGAGCCACAUGGUGGGCCUGGAUCAGAGAGUGCUGAGGAAGAACAAAGAGGCCACGCCCUCUGUAGUUUCAGAUGACUCAGAAAAGAGAAAAGGGUCGAUUUUCACAGACCUUCUGUCGAAAAACAGGAAACCCUCUGCCAUGCCCAACGAUAUGUCUCCAAACCUGAAGUCCUACACUGCACCUGAAGGUAACCCGCGAGCAAGGAAAGGCUCCACCUUCACUGACAUGCUGUCCAAAAACAAGAAGGUCCCUCCUGGUAGAGAAAACUUAAGGAAGCCGUCCAUCAUCACGGAGGAGUCAGAUAAUAUAUCUGAAUUGUCAUCACCCUCAACGCUGCAAACUGUGAGUGAGAACGGCGAUGUGAUGGCAAGAGAAGAACUCACCCUAGACAGGCCUCUGACAUCUCUGGAAAAAGUCCACUACAUUGUGGGAUAUGGCAUCAUCAGGCCUGAUCUCAGAGACGAGAUCUACUGUCAGAUCUGCAAACAGCUUCAUGAAAACAGCAACCGGAACAGCUACUUCCGCGGGUGGAUCCUGCUCUCCCUCUGUCUGGGUGUCUUUCCUCCCAGUCAGCUCUUUUUGAAGUACCUUCAAAGUUUUAUCCGUUUUGCUCCUGGGGGAUUCCCAUCCUACCUGGCCGAGCGGCUGCGGCGUACCUUGAUGAACGGAGCGAGAGGGGAGCCUCCGGCCUGGCUCGAACUGCAGGCAACCAAGACGAAGAAGCGCAUGUUAGUGAACGUGGCGCUGCUGGAUGGAAGAGCCAUUAACCUUCCCGUGGACUCAGCGUCUACGUCAAGAGAAGUUUGCCAGCUCGUCUCCAACAAAAUCAAGCUCAGGGACGCUUUUGGCUUUUCCCUCUAUGUAGCUAUGUACGAAAAGGUAAGAGAGGAUGAUCUCAUCCAGCUGGCUGCUAAGCAUCUGUACAUCCAACAUGGCUCCGACAAUCGUCCUGAGAAUGUCAAAGAGACCGUGAGGGACUGCAUCAAGAACUCCCUUAUUGAGGCCAAAUCAGAGGCCAAGCUGGUUCAGAUGAUCCACACGGCUCACGCUCAGAGUUCCUUCCUGAAUAACAAACAAAAACCAGAGCUGGUGAAAGCAGAGAUGGUGGACUAUGCUAGGGAUAAGUGGCCCAUGUUCUUCUCCAGGUUCUAUGAAGUUACCAAACUGUCAGGUCCAGUGCCAAAGAGUAAGUUCAUAGUGGCCAUCAACUGGACCGGUAUCACCUUCCUGGAUGAGAGAGAAAAGAGGCUGAUGGAGCUGUCCUUCCCAGAGGUUAUGGGUGUCAACACUAUAAGGGAGGGUAAGACGUCUGGCCCCAGGAUCUGUCUGCUGACACUGAAGGGAGACUUCAUCCUGAGCGGAGCUUCGGUUGAAGACAUGGCUGAGCUGACCACCAUGUUCCUCAGUGGAUUGACGGAGCGUUCCGUGUACGCCGUGGCACUAAAAGAUGUCAACAGCCAGGAUGAUCCUACAAUUCUAAGCUUUAAGAAAGGAGAGCUCAUUAUUCUUAUCAAAGAUGAUGAGUUUUCUAAGCAGCGUGGCUGGAUUAAAGGACAAAACAGCAGCAACAAAAAAACAGGAGCAGUCUCCACUGAGGCCAUCCAUAUCCUACCAACGCUAAGCAGACCUAGCAAUGAAAUCUUGAGCUUUAUCAACUUGUCUCCAAACCAGAGGAAGGACUUGGUCCAGGCAAACCAGAAAGAUAUGGGGACUAUGGAGAGAGUACCCCCUGCCACGCUGAAAGAGUAUUCUCUUCAGUAUUUCAGGCAACCCACCAAGGAUGUGAACCGUCAGGUGAUCUCUAGGAACGCCGCGCCGGAGAGGCUGUGGGCUCACUCUAGAGAGCCAAUCAGACAGCCUCUCCACAUGAAACUGUUGGGCACCCAAGAUCUCAGCCACAAAGCCUGUAUGGCCUUCACUGCAAUCCUUAAGUAUAUGGGAGAUUACCCCACCAGGCAGAUGCAGAGUCCUCUGGAGCUCACUGACCAGAUCUUCAGUCCUCCCACUCAAUCUGAGGCGCUCAGGGAUGAGAUCUACUGCCAGAUCAUGAAGCAGAUGACCAGCAAUAACAACAGGUUCAGCAUAGAACAGGGUUGGCAGCUGCUCUGGCUUUGCUGCGGCCUGUUUCCACCCAGCCAGCCUCUACUGAAGCACACUCAGAAAUUCCUGGAGUCUCGGCGCAGGGAGCCCCUGGCCUCCGACUGUCUGCAGCGGCUGCAGAGCUCGCUGAGGUCGGAUCCCAGGAAGCUUCCGCCGCACCAGGUGGAGGUGGAGGCCAUCCAACAGAACAGCACCCAGAUCCUUCACAAAGUCUACUUCCCCAACGACACAGAUGAGGUAUUUGAGGUCGCAACCCGCACCAGAAUCAAGGAUCUCAUCCAGACCAUUUCCAAAAGGCUACAACUGGCUUCGGCCGACGGCUUCAGCCUCUUUAUGAAAACACAGGACAAGGUUCUCGGUUUAAAUGAAGCAGACUACUUCUUUGACAGUCUGAGGCAAAUCACGGACUGGUCGAAGAGAGCCAAAAGGAUCAAAGAAGGUGGGCCGGUCAACAUUUCCUACCAUGUGUUCUUCAUGAGGAAGUUGUGGUUUAAUGUAGUCCCUGGCAGGGAUAUCAAGGCCGAUCUUAUCUUCCAUUUUCCUCAGGAGUUACCUAAGUACCUGAGAGGCUAUCAUGUUUGUACCAAGGAGGAUAUGGUCAACAUCGCUGCUAUGCUCUUCCUAGUAAAGGUCCGCGGUGACAAAAGCCAGAUCGCCACGAUUCCCAAGGUGCUGAAGGAGCUCGUUCCUGCCGACCAGCUGAAGGCCAUGUCUGAAAACGAGUGGAAAAAGAAUAUAAUCGCAGCCUUUAACAGACGUACCAAUAUGAAAGUUGAUGAAGCAAAGAUUGCAUUUCUGAAGGCGGUUUGCCGCUGGCCGACAUUCGGCUGCGCUUUCUUUGAAGUGAAGCAAACGUCAGAGCCAGAUUUUCCAGAUAUUGUGCGAAUCGCAAUCAGCAAGACUGGACUCACCAUCUUGCACCCAAAGACCAAGGAUGUUUUGGCAAACCACCCAUACAACAAAAUAGCUAGCUGGUGCAGCGGAAGCACCUACUUCCACAUGACCGUUGGCAGCUUAGUGAAGGGUAACAAAUUCCUCUGCGAGACUUCACUGGGCUACAAGAUGGAUGAUCUGAUUACUUCCUAUGUGAACAUGUAUCUCAGGGAGAGAACGGCGCAGUCCAGGGGCCAUCGCUACAACAUGUAGACAUUAGGAGUUCAACCCUGCUUCUCCUUGCAGCUCCACAACUCCUUAUCAGAGUUUUUAAUGUAAUUUGGUUUAAAAAACAAAGCCACAGAUUUAUUGCAUGUAAAUAAGUAUUUCUCAGCUUUGAUUUGUUGCUUCACAAACAGGAAAAUGUAAAGCCCUGGUCUCUUUGCAUAUUUACCUAAACAUUUUUAAGAACUAAACACUAAAAAUUUCCUAAUCAGGAUUUUUUUUUUCUGUCUCUGAAAUGGAAAUUAUUUCCUAAAUAGAUAAUUUCCCAUAAAAUGAUGCACUAAAUUUGUUCAGUAUUACAUGGUUGGCAUCAGUACCGUCUUCUUCUUCAGUAGCUUAGCAAUGAUCCUUGCUUAACUGGCAGCCGUAGAUAUUUUAUCCCAACAAGUUCUAAAAACAUUAUAUUCUGACAACACAAAAAAGUAAACAGAUAUACAGAUACAAAGUUCUCAAUACACUGAAAAUAACCAUGGAAAUAGGUAAAAAUGUCUAAAAUUAAGUGUAUUUAGCCUUAAUUUGAAUAGGUAAAUGAGAUAGUUUGCCAAUGGAAUGAGAAUCUUUACUUUUAAAAUAUGAUAAUUAGAUA